AUGUCUCCGUACGAGACAUACAACUAUACCCAAAUUGUGGACCAUUUUGGUUACACGCGAGAGAGCUAUCAAACCUUUCCCCAGCGAUAUUUCAUAGACAAGUUAAACUGGGGAGGCGGUCAAAACAAUUCUCCCGUAUUUGUAUGGUUGGGUGAGGAAGGAGACAUUACAUCCGACUUGGGCGUGGGUAUCCUGGCAGAUCAGGCUCCUUAUUUUAAAGCUCUUGUGGUCUACAUAGAGCACCGUUAUUAUGGGACAUCAAUGCCAUUCGGGGGAGAGAAGGAAGCGUAUGCAAAUGCGAGCAUAAUGGGCUAUUUUACAUCCACGCAGGCCUUGGCCGAUUAUGCUACCAUCAUUGUCCAUUUGAAGAAAACAUUAAACGCUGAGAAUUGUCCAGUCGUUGUGUUUGGUGCAUCCUAUGGUGGAAUGCUAGCUACAUGGUUUCGCCUCAAGUAUCCGCAUCUAACAAUUGGGAACCUCGCAUCAUCUGCUCCUCUCCUUUACUUUGACAACAUAACUCCCACUUAUGGUUAUGGCAGUGUUGUCACCAAAGAUUUCAGAAAUGCGAGCGAGAUCUGCUACAGAAGAAUUAAUGAAUCAUAUGAUAUGAUGGACAAAAUUGCGUCUAGUCCUCGAGGCCUGCUAAACCUAAGGAAACUAUUUAACACUUGCCAGUAA